UCAGAAGUACAUUGAGUAUGAAGGCGACAGGACGGAGAAGAGCGUCCUCUCGCAGAAGGGCAGGGCUGGCAUGAGGGUGAACUCGAUAUACUCGCAGGACCGCUGGUACAAGGAGGCGCCGAUCUUCUGCACCGACUCGAAGGACGGAUCCUUUCAGAGAGCCAACUCGCUUCCGGUGCGAACGCAGACUCCGUCCUCCCAAAAUCGCGUGAAUCUCCGGCGCAGCGUCAGGGGAGAGCCACCCCCGCAUCCGGCCAGGCUGAGGAAACACCGGCACGGAUGGACCCUGCAUCUAGCCCGGCCCCUCAAGACUUCCGGUUGCUCCAGGUCCCUGGUGCUCCUGCUGGUCGUCAUCUUGACGCUGCUGGGGAUCGGCGCCGUUGCUCUCUACAUUGUUUUCGAACCCGAGAAGCUGCAGGUCAUCCAACAGUACCUGAAAUCGUCAGCGAACGACACGUCGACGGUGGAAACGUUCAGCACGGGGAAACUGCUGACGAACGGGACGAGCGUCACAUCGUCAACGACAACGACGUCCACGAUAAAGUCUACGACGAGCAACAGCUUAAUCGCGGGCAUCCUUCUAAGCGGGGACCAGUCAUUUCCGGAGAACAACGUCGCUGGUACCACCGUGAAGCCGGAAACGGAAGCGAGCACGUCGGUCAACUCCACCAGAUACUGCGACGACUGUCUUGACGGCGAGGUGUGCGUCGCGCUCGUCGACGAGGAGGUGCCUACCUGCAGGACUGGAUUAGAUUCCGAGGAUCCGACGGGAUGCGCUGGCUUCUGCCUCGUCAAUAAACAAAAGUGUCAUCGUCUCGACGUGGACGCGUUCAGGUGCGUGGAGGUUGACCACUACUGCCUGGACGACGAGUGGACGUGCGCGAACACCCUCUGCAUUCCUUCAGAGAAGCGCUGCGACGGGCACAUGAACUGCUACGACCAUUCGGACGAGUACAAUUGCGUCUGCGACUCGAAGACGCAUUUCCAGUGCGGUAAUGAGACUUCCUGCCUUCCGUUGGAGAAGAGAUGCGACCGCAAGAUAGAUUGCUGGGAUGCGGCGGACGAGAUUAACUGCACGCUCGGUCCCUGUCCAUCGGAGAACGAAUUCGCGUGCAACGACGGACAGUGCAUAUUGAAGGCUCGCUUCUGCGACGGCCUGACGGACUGCGUCGACGGAUCCGACGAACCAUCUGGCUGCCAGGAACGUUGCAACAAGCACGAAUUCACGUGCCAAAACAGUAGGUGCAUCGCGAAGGGGAUGAAAUGCAAUGGGAUUGAUGACUGCGGCGACGGGACCGAUGAGAGGCACUGCAAACACCGAUUCCCAUGAUCUGCCCUGCCGGCCGAGCGUAUAUCACAGUAUUUUUGUUACGAGAAAGAGUGACCAAUGUAAUUAAUGUAUAUGUAUAUAUGCUCUGUGUGUGUGUAUGUAUGUAUAUGUAUAUAUAUAUAUACACACACACACAUAUACAUAUAUAUGCCAUUGUACCGUAUAGAUUACGCAGUGAUGCAUAAUAAAUUGUUUACAAGCGGUAUAUACAGUUGAUGAAAUUAGGAAACGAUAUAGUUUUAUUAAUGUAUUAUAGAGUCGAUUACAAUGCUGUUCUCUUUUUGUACCGCGACGAGCAACUUUUCUCAAUGGAACACCGUAUAUAGGUAUUGUAUGUUUCCUUUACAGAGUACUACAGAUACACAACACGUAUUUGUUUAUGCAUUUACGCGCUCUCCCCUGACAUCACCAUCCAAACAAGAGAUAUUUUUCGUCGCGUUUGUACACACAUUCGAGAUUUAUGCGAGUCUUCCAGAAGCCAGGCCGAUCACACGCCGCUCUGUAAAUUCUUGAUUUCAAUGUUUGUGUAUUGAUUUUUAUCCUGUUCACGUCGUGUAUCACUAUGUUCAUCGAUAGACUGUGAAUCUUAUACUGAUACACGUUAGCACUAGAUUUACUGACAUUUACUGUACUAUGUUCUACUGUUAGAAAAAUUGUUGUCCGUUCAUUUAGGUCUUAGAAAUUAGAGGCUUAAGAGUAGACAAUUAGGAUACAUAUUUUAAUAAAAAUCGACCUAAACGUUUACCAAAUAAUGCUUGUAAAAUUCAGUGAGUGAAAUUGAUUCGUUCAGUAAAUCUAGUGUUGACUAUGUUAAGGACCACUGAAAUUUGUUACUUAUAGAACCCUGUAACUGUUAACACGUUGAAUGCCGUAUUUCAUACAACAAAAUACCCAAAACGAAAAAAUAUAAUAUUAAAUGAUUUGAUUGAAUUGCACUGUUAUUAUUGCAUGUUCAUCCAGCUGAAUGUCAUCGCAUUAUUUAUAAUAUAGAAAUCUUUUCAAAUAAUCAUAGUUUAACUGAGUGAACUACAGUAAUCCGAUUCGGCUGGGGGUCACCGGUGACCCACAUGACAUUCAAUGUGUUAAAACGAAUCCUCUUCUGAUCCAUUGUUAAGAGAUUGGAAUCUGUGUAAGCAUCCGCAGUCUAAUCGUCGACAUUCAGAUGUGUAGAAUUCUGAACAUUGUACCUGCUAUGAUCUGAUCAUACACAACGACUCGUUUAAAUUCUCAGCAGUGUAAACGGUACCACGAAAUACAAUGCAUUAAAGUAACUCGAUGACUUCUAACGCAGUAAUUCGGAUAAUGACAAUAUGAACGUGACACGUCCUCAAGUCUGAUUAAAUCUACAUUGCACUGAAUGCAUCAGUGGACAGCAAAUGUUCAUGUGAAACAGAUAAAGGAACCAAAUGAAAGCUCACUAGACAAGAAAGUAUGUUCAAUGCGUGUCUCACUCGACCGAGAUUUUUAUUUUACUGGAUUUCAUUCAGCAGCAUUUAUUGUAAAUGCAUAAAAACUCGCGGCCCGAACGCCAGUUACGUGUAAUGAAAUGUUGAUCAGUUUGGCUAUUGAGAGACUCUCACGUAUAGCAUAUAUUUUUGUAUACAGUGGAUUGCCUCGUUCCUGUAUAAAAGCUCCGAACAUAUACGAGCGCAUGGAAUUUCUCGCGAAACUCUGCUAGUCCCUUAUCUAAAUAAGAAGUGAUCAACGCGAUAAAUAUAUACAGAUACACAGACUAUUACCAAAAAUAGUCGAUCAAACUCUUAGAGCACGCACCACUUGUAACAGUAAUAAUCACAGACGUCUAAUGAGUCUUCCUCUAAACCGAAGAGAUCAGUGUAUCUAAUUCUAUUUCAAUUAUUGAAAGCUUAAUGCAACCAUUUACUGCUAUGCAUUCACAUAUCCAAGGAAGAACCUUUACAAUCAGAAUUCCUAGUAGCUAUCAGAAACUGUUCCAACUGUUUACAACUCGCAGGUACUUUAAAGUAACAGUAUCAUUAAAAUAUUCUAAACCAAACACGUGUACAAAUUGUUUUAAUACAAAUUUAAAGUACCAGUCAACGAAUCUUUGGGGAUAAUUGAACAACCAGGUUACAUGUUUCUGUCAUAAACAUUUCUGUCGCAAGUGGUGCACGUUCCCAGAGUUAUAGACCGUCUAUUUCAAGAGCGUCCUGUGAAAUAACGCAGGUUCCGAGGACGCCGUUAACAUAGAACGGGGUUGGCCUCCGUUCUCCCGGAAACAAGCGCGGUUCCCAUGGAUCCUCUCGAGUGUCUCGAGGCAUGAUUUAGAGAAACUCGUCCGGCUCUCUCGGUGCGUCGAGAUCGCGAUAAUGAAUGACUGGUCGGAAGUCUCCUCCACCGCCACUGCAACGUUGAACAACAAUUAGAACGUGUAAUUCCAGUCUGAGAAUAAUAUUAGACAAAUUGAACGUGCACGUAUAUGUAUAUGUAUAUGCGUACGCCUGUGACGUGUACGUACAUAUAUACAUACACACCCAUAGAUUCAUGGUGAAGCCGACCAACAAAUUGCGUGUGACAUACGACCAACUGGAC